UCAGCCUCAUUUGGUAUGGACGCUGGAACAGGUGCUGGAUUUUAUCUAAAUGCUAAGGAAGAGAAGUGGAAAAAUUGGCGUAUGUAUGACUAUGUCGUUAAGGAGCUACCAAAAGUCCUCAGUGAAAAUUUUGAACAACUUGAUACAUCAAGGGCAUCAAUUUCUGGGCAUUCAAUGGGUGGCCAUGGUGCGCUGACCAUUUACUUGAAAAACCUUGAAAAAUAUAAGGCAGUUUCUGCUUUUGCACCUAUCACCAAUCCCACAAACUGCCCAUGGGGCCAGAAGGCCUUUUCAAACUAUUUGGGCAGCGAUAAAUCUGACUGGCAGGAAUAUGAUGCCACCUUGUUAAUUGAAAAGUGCAGCAAAAUUUCGACUCCUAUAUUAAUUGACCAGGGAGAGGAUGACAAGUUCCUUCACGAUCAGCUGUUGCCCCACAACUUCGAGGAUGCCUGCAAGGGUGCAAAUGCCCCGCUGGUGCUUCGGAUGCAACCUGGCUAUGACCAUUCCUACUACUUCAUUUCGACCUUCAUCGACGAUCACAUCCACCACCAUGCCAAAGCUCUUAAAUGUGCUUGAGUCCGUGGUCGCAAAAUAGACUUCAUGCCAUGGGAUCUCAGGAUGCGGCAGAUGUGUAGAAUUCACUUGUAGAAGUACUCUUACAACUAUUUCAAUGCUCUUGUUCCAACUGUGAACCAGAUAUUUGACUGCCUUCUGGUCACAACUCAGUAAGUCUGACCUUCUUCUAUUUCCAUAUCAUCCGCAUAUUAAUCUC